GGGCUGGAUCGUGCUGUAGCCGAACUGCAGCAUCUCCUUGGGGUGCUGGACAGUCACCUGAAGCUUCGGACAUACCUGGUGGGGGAAACCAUAACUCUGGCUGAUGUGACCGCUGCUUGUUGUCUUUUGUUGCCGUAUAAAUAUGUUCUCAACCAAACCCUUCGCACUUAUUUUAUCAACCUGACUCGAUGGUUCCUGACGUGUGUCAACCAACCAGAAUUCCAGGCUGUUCUGGGCACAGUGAGGUUGUAUGAAGAGGCCCCAGGAGGUGGUGUUCUAGAAAUGGACUUUAAAGCUGAGUUGCCGGAGAAAGAGGAGAUAGAAGAGCCCCCUCCCAAAAGCGCGUCGCAGCUGAAGAAGGAGGCCAAAAAGAAAGAAAAACUGGAGAAGUUUCUUCAGAAGAAGGAAAAGAACCUGCAGCAACAGGGAGAGAAGAAGCCAAAAGCUGAGAAGAAAGAAAAGAAGGAUCUUGAGAUCAUCACCUAUGAUAUCCCCACCAAACCAGGAGAGAAAAAAGCGCCGCAGCGUAUCUGAGCCAAACCCCAAAGGCAUCUUUAUGAUGUGUAUUCCUCCACCCAAUGUUACCGGAUCGCUCCAUCUCGGCCAUGCCCUCACCAAUUCCAUCCAGGACUCUCUGACAAGAUG